AGAUCCUCUACACUGUUAUUUAAAUAUAAUACAGAUCCUCUACACUGUUAUUUAAAUAUAAUACAGAUCCUCUACACUGUUAUACAAUUAAAAUACAGAAUCUCUACACUGUUAUUUAAAUAUAAUACAGAUCCUCUACACUGUUAUUUAAAUAUAAUACAGAUCAUCUACACUGUUAUUUAA